AUUAUUGGGAAAGAUCUUAUCAAACUUGGACAGUUAAAGGCUGGGAUGAAUUUUAUUUUGAAAUAUUUCCCUCAAAUACGAAUCAACAAUCUUGUGAUGCUCUUAAAAAAGAAUUAGUGGUUCUAAUGAAAAAACAUAAACGAAAUACGAAUAAGCAUAAGAAGGCCGUGUCCCUUCUGAAUAAUAUAACGGUUAGUACUUUCAUGGUUCGUUCGAGUGAUCCCAAUAAAAUUAUUGACAUUAAGAACAGUUUAAAUAUCCUAUCAGGAUUUUGUGGUGCGCAUGUAUUGAUUAACCAUCCUACAUCUCAUUACUGCUUGCAUGGGAGAAAAGAGCGCCCGGACAUUCUAGAGCUUCCGAGGCGGAAGUUGGAAACUCAUACUGAAGAAUAUUGCAAGAUUCUUCUCGAAAGACAAGAAAGUCAGAUUAAGGAGGUUUCUCAGUCAGGUCAGCAUCUUUUUAAACUAUUAAAAUGGUCAAUUAUUGAUAGUAAGCUAUUUGGCAUAGCUGUGCAAAUAUCUAGUUGCUCAAGGCCUGCUGUUAAUUUACAUCAAGUUGACAAAGUUGCAGUACCUUUACUGAAUCUUAUAAUAGAUGAAAGAAGGAUUGGAAGUGUAAGUUCUUUAUAUGAAUCAAUAAAAAUAUCAAUUGGUUUACAAAAAGAUUAUGUAAUUGACUCAUAUACUGUAUUAUCUGCAGCUUUUUCUGUGUGUUCAUACUUUCCUAUACCAAGUCUUGGAUUAGAAAUUCAGUUCAAACCAGUUUGGGAAUAUCACCAAUUAGUUCCUGGAAAUGGUGGAAGUGGUUCUUCUUUUUGUUACUUUGUAGUUGCUAUAAAGAACGAAAAAAAACAACUUUUUCCAUUCUUUAUUGUUGAGUUUAAAAAACAUGAUCGAGAAAUUCAUAAAGAUCAUGCAGUUGUCACAGCUGAAGUAUCAUUCAAAUUAAACUGUCUUCUUUUAAUUACUUCAGAACAAAAG